AGUACCACCCAAAACCCAACCCCCCAAUCCAAUCCAGUCCAAUUCUUCCAGAAUCUUUUGGAAUUCGGAUUCGGAAGUCGGAACUUCGGAACAAUUUUUAAUCAUGUCGGUUCCUGACGGCAAUUUUAACUCAGAUUCCAGCAAAAUUAUAAAGAGUGACGACAAACCUGAUCUCAUUGAAGAAGAUACGAACGACAAGAGUCAAAGUAAAAUGGAAAAGGCUCCGGUGAAUACAACUAGUGAAGACUCAGAAUAUGAAACUUUAGAAGAAGACAAUGGGGGAAGCUCCAGGAGCUCCCUUUCAAGAAGGAGUUCAUUGAGUGAUGAUCUUAGUGAUGGCAUCGGCCUAGAAGACGAACGGGAGGACGGAGAUGGGCAAGAGGAAAACUCUGUUGGGAAAGACAAAAAACUAGACGAUGAUGAAGACAAACGAAACCCUCAGUACAUUCCGAAAAAAGGGACUUUUUACGAGCACGAUGACAGAACUAUGGUUGAUGGGAGUGAAGUGGAAGGCAAGGAAGUUGAGAGUAACACAAAAGAUGCAGCAGCGGCUGAAAAUGCGGCUGAAGCUGCAGGGCCUAAAAAGGCGGGCGGAAAGGUGUGGACGGAGAAAGCUGAAAAAUGGAGUCACGACUUGUACAACGAGGACGAACAAAAACCAAAGUCCACACAGGAGCUCAUCGACACAUACGGAUACGACAUCAGAAACGAGGAAGCACCGCCUAAGGCUCGGCGUCGUCGGAGAUACGGACGAGGACCCAACAAAUACACGCGAAACUGGGAGGACGAGGAGGCGUACACACGGGCAGCUCCUCAACGCAGGGUAUUCCACAAUAACAAGGAAGAGUUUCCCGACCUCGGCAGUCGUGGGCGUAAUAGGGACAAGCCGCAACACACUCCCUCCGAUCCUCCUGAAAUGGAUCAACCAAGAAACGAUUCUCCCAGGGUGAAGUCCAAGUCUAAAUCCCCUGCUCCUCGGCAGUCCCCAGGCCAAGGUGGGGACAGAGACAGACCAAGAGACAGAUCCAAGGGGGAGAGAAUGAGGAGGGACAGAGGGAUGGAGAGAGGGAGGGUAGUCAAAGACUCACCGCCCUCUAAUAACAUCCCACCUCAGCCAGUAGUCGCUGAGAAGGUCCCCGGUGUUAUUGGCACUCCUGGGGAGAGAGUGGUCGGGAGAGGAAGGGGAUUCAGAGGCACUGGCAAGCAAAGACCAACCAUGGAGUUUACAGCGUCUCGAGGUCGUGGACCUCUUCCUCCCGCAUUUAACAAAGAACCACUCAACAAUCAAAUCGAUGACAGUUUGAAGCAUGCUGCUGAAAUGUUGGUACAGGACUUCAGCCAAAUAUACGUCAAUAACAACCAUAACAGCAAUAGUACAAACAUAGUCGAGGAAACCAUCAUACCACGCAGUGAGAGGAGGGACGGUGGUAAUCGUUCUAAACGCUACUCCACCCAACGACAGCGUAGUCUGCCUGAGACUACACCGCCUCCUACUUACAGUCCGCCUCACAACAUCCCAUACUACACGCAGCCUCCCCCCGCUAGUUACGUGCCGACUCCAGUGUACAAUGACGUGACGGGACAACAAGUCCCAAUGAUGGCGUUUCUCCCUCCGGGACCUCCCCCCGCCACACCUGCAGCUCCGCCAUACCCACCCCCGCCAAUGCUGAACUACUUGCCUCCGCCAGCCUUCCCUCCCAUUGCGAUGCAACCUCCGCAACUGCCUGGCCAGUUUGAAGAUCCAUGUGGCGCUGAAAUGUAUCAAGGUGGCAUCACAUACUACAGCCCACAGAGUCAGUCCGUGGUGCCUCGCUCCAACCCGCCCCGCAGGGUCAAGUUAGCAAUCCCCAUAGUCCCCCCGCCUGACAACAAACAGCCACAAGCGGGGGCCAAGCAGCAAGUAGGGGCUGACAACAAGCAGGAAAUGCAAUCUGUCGCUACAUAGUGAUGUCGCAGGGAGGACCAUAUCAGUCUACAUGUUGUUAACUCUACCAAGGCCUCGCACACAGCUGCACGUAUCUCCUCUACAGUGGAGCAACUCUUGAUUAAUAUUUAACCUUGGCCUAAAGUAGGCCUAGCUCAUCCUAUACUUAGUGGCAAAGAUAGACAGUCAUACUCUCUUCUUCAGAGAUGCCCUAAACCUCUUUCAGAACUUGGUAAAUUGCUUUUACGAAUAAAUAGGAUAAAUUGAAAUAAAGAGGAUGAGUUUAAAUAAAGAGUAGUAGUUGAAAUAAAGAGGAUAAGUUGAAAUAAAGAAAAUAAAAUGAAUUAAAAAGGAUAAAAUGAAUUUUAUUUCAAAGUUUGACAAGGGACCCUGCUUGAACCUCUUUAUACGAAUACUUUUAUGUUGUCAUAUUUGUACUACGAAUGUACAUUAAUUAUUAGUUGUUUUAGGUUUUUAUAUGAAGUGUAAUUUAUAUUUAUUAACAAUGAGGUAACAUUUUUGUAUAGAAUGGAAUCUGUAUAUUAUUGUAUACUGUAAUAAAA